GGGCGACAACCUUUAUGUCACCUCCAACCUUUUGACCACUUUCAAAAAGAAAAGCAAUACGGAAUUGGGCUGUAAAUUUUUGAAUCUUCAUGAGUUGCUGACAACCUAAAUUUUGAAAGAGAAGAAAAAGAACAAAGACAGCAAAAUAAUAAUGUUACUUAUAUUCUGACAUCUGCUAGACCCUUGCACUGUUGUGUUCUUGGGAUUGUUGUCAGGCCAGACUUGGUAAAGCUUUGGUCGUUUUCUUUUUUCUUUCUUCGGCCCUUCUUUUUCGUUAAUGUUUAGGCAGCAAGGAAACACUUGGGAGGAUCACCUUCCAUGAGCAACCUUCAGUUUUGAAUAGGUUUUGAUGGUACUCUUGCAGCGCCAACAUGAUAUGGGUUUUGAAUUUUUUUUGUGAUGAAAAUUGUGAAGAUGAUGAGGUUUAGCCUGGUUUAGCAUUCUGGUCUGUGGCAUUUGGCAUAGUGGUGUAAACAACAUCCAUUUGUAGGCUUGUGGAUUCAAAGAUAUCAGAUCCUGAGAAAUUCAAGAAGAGUCUAGCUUUCUGGUAAAAUGGUUUUAAAUAGCAGUGGAGGAGGCCUGGCAGAAUUUGAGGAAGAGCUGCCGGCAAAUCAGACUGAAAAUGAUCCUAAGGCUAGUAAUGAUAAGUAUGCUGCCCUUGAUGUUUCAACUUCGCGCAAGGCACUUCUGAGUGAUGACAAACUGAGCGUGGGGAAACAAAAUGCAUUAAAAGCUAUUCCGGGGAGGCUAAACAUGCUGAAAUUUAGUUCCAAUGGUGGUUUAUCUUCUCCAUCGACUAAAUUCAAGCAGAUGGCAGAGGAAAGAGAUGAAAUUUCACGUUCUGUACCUUCUUCCACUAGCCAAGGUUAUCGAGAACAUUUUAACAGAUUCACAACGCAGAAAAUUGAUUGGGAAUCUUUAUGGAGCAUCUGCAGAAAUUGGAUCAAGAAUCCCUUUAACAUGGUGCUUUUUUUAUGGAUAAGUUGUGUCGCAGUCUCGGGAGCAAUCCUUUUUCUUGUAAUGACAGGAAUGUUGGACGCUGCCCUACCAAAGAAAUCACAGAGAGAUGCAUGGUUUGAAGUCAAUAAUCAAAUCCUCAAUGCUCUGUUUACUCUUAUGUGUUUGUACCAACACCCAAAGCGAUUCUACCACCUUGUACUUCUAUGUAGGUGGAGGUCGAAGGACAUAACCAAACUCAGAAAAAUAUACUGCAAAAAUGGCACAUAUAAACCUCAUGAAUGGGCUCACAUGAUGGUAGUGGUUAUGUUACUCCAUUUGAAUUGCUUUGCUCAGUAUGCUUUAUGUAGUCUUAAUUUGGAAUAUAAUAGAUCUGAACGACCUGCUAUAGGUGUUGGUAUCUGCCUUUCUGUUGCCAUUGCUGCUCCAGCAAUGGCAGGUUUGUACUCCAUCAUCAGCCCCCUUGGUAAGGAGUAUGACUGUGAAUUUGAUGAGGAAGCCCAGAAUCAAACUCUCACAAAUAGUGCUAGCCAUCUUAACCACCGCAUGUCACUGGAGAAAAGAUUCUCCUUUGUAUCAAGAGAUGAACAGAGAAUAGUUGAGUAUGCACCCGAGUGGAGAGGGGGGUUGUUUGACUUUCGGGACAACAUCCGUACAGCUUACCUUUCUCUUUUCUGCAGUUUUUGUGUUUUUGGGUGGAAUAUGGAAAGACUUGGAUUUGGAAACAUGUAUGUUCACAUUGCCACUUUUCUCCUCUUCUGCACAGCUCCAUUUUGGAUUUUCAACUUGGCUGCCAUCAACAUUGACAAUGAGACUGUCAGGGUGGCUCUUGGAUUAACUGGUAUUGCGCUCUGCUUGUUUGGUCUACUCUAUGGUGGCUUCUGGAGGAUCCAAAUGAGAAAGAGAUUCAAUUUGCCUGAAAGUAACAUAUUUAUUGGAAAACCAGCCAUUGCAGACUGCGCACAGUGGCUUUUUUGUUGUUGGUGCUCCCUUGCCCAAGAAGUUCGCACAGCUGACUUCUAUGAUAUUGUCGAGGAUAAGUUUUGCAGGAAACAAACAAAUGAGAUUAACCACCCCACACUCCCCUCCUUGCCCCGUGAAGAUGGAGUAGUUCAGUUCAUGUCUAGCCCAACUUCAUUUCAUUACGGUCAUAGACUGUUGGGGCUUGGGGCUAAGCGCUCUCCGAGUCCAAGCAGACUGUCAAGAGAUCAUUAUAGUCCUGGCAGGCAGUUAUCCAAGGUGGAGGAGGAUUUUUCCAUGAAAGAUACUGACGAUUUUAUGAACCCGCCAGCUUUGGCCUUGAUACAAAAGGAAGUUACUGUUCAAAAUAUAUUGAGAGAAAAUAAUCACCUUUAGCACUUCUGCAGAGAACAACCAUGUGCUUUCGCUUUUGAUUAAGAGAUUUAUGCGCAACAGUGUGCCUAAUUUCCAAAGAUUCAUUUUAAAGCAUACUGAUGCUACCUAACAUGUUGUAUUGUGUCUACCUCUAUGAAUCCGUUGUAUUUUUUCUUAGCUAGCAACCGAAAUCCAUCACUUCAAGUUUUA